AUAGCUAAAGUCAUUUGACAUUUCAGACUUCACGGAGGAGAGGGAGUAGAAACUAGAGAGAGAGUAGAGGGAGAGGGAAGGGAAGUCAGGAGAAAUGGUCAAAAAAUUACCGGUGGCGUCGGUCAAUGGUUGAUAAACGCCUCUCUGUUGAUCUCUCUCUCUCUCAAUAGCUGUUCUGUUUCCUCCUUAUUUAUAUCCUGUCGGUCGAAGGAUUCAGCUGAGGGAGUUCUCAGCAAUCAUUGAAUUGGGUUGCGAGCAAAGCUUGUUUUUCCUCUAAAGCCUUCUCCUCCUCCCUUCUGCUUCCAUUUGACAAGACUGGUGGAUAGACAUGGCACACGGCUCACAUGUACCAAAGUUUGGCAACUGGGAAGGUGCAGACAAUGUUCCCUACACAGCCUACUUCGACAAAGCACGGAAAGGUAGAACUGGUGGGAAAAUAAUGAACCCAAACGACCCAGAAGAGAACCCAGAUAUGUUUCGCAACACCUCCCCUCCAGCUCAAUCUCCUCCACCCAAAGCCAGAGCUGAACCAGAGGUACCAAAAGUCAGGGGAGCAAUAAGGCCGGGGCAUGAGCGGCGAGUAAGUAGGGAAGAUGGUGACCUUAGGCAGUUCAAUGGAUCUCCAGCACAUAACGACAAUAACAGCAGGAGAAAUUCAGGUGAGUCGGCACAUCAACGUAAUGCAGGACGGCAGGUAAGAAAAAGUGCUGGGUCUGAGCACAGCAUUGAGAGAUCACCACUGCAUCCGCAAUAUCAAGCAAAGGUAGUGCAAAGUGCUGGGUCUGAGCACAGCGUUGAGAGAUCGCCAAUGCAUCCACAUUAUCAAGCAAAGGUCGCGCGCAAAGGCAGUGCAUCUCCUGGGUUGGAAGGGAAGAACUCAUUUGAUAGUAGCCAUGGUACUCCUGGGAGGUCCAGAAUGAAACCGGGUAAUCGGGGCGAUGAGACACCCGAGAGAGGCGCCGCUGUUCCAAAGUUCGGUGAUUGGGAUGAGAAUAACCCACAAUCUGCAGAUGGGUAUACCCAUAUCUUCAACAAAGUGCGAGAAGAAAAGCUCAUGGAGGCCGGUAAGUCGCCGACUGUGGGUAGUGAGCGAGCUUACACUGCUGCACGGAAGCAAAAAUCCGAUGACGAUAUGAAGGGUUGCUGCUUUCCAUGGUGUAGAAAAUGAGGACUUUUGGAUUGUAUUUCUGGAUUUGUUGUAAACUGUGCAAGACCUGUUUAUAGCUCUGAGGGAUUUCCCCUAUGCGGAGUUACCUUCUGAUGAAAUAUGCAUUCUCUCUCUUUUUGUGCUA